AUGUCCACCCUGCUCGUCGUUGGGCUCUUUCUUCUGCUAUGGUCGAUGUGGUCGAUGUACCGCAGAUUGGUAACCAAGUCCAUCCUCCGCAAUCUUCCUAGAUUGCCUGUCGCGGGCUUCUUGCAGGGAAACCUCGCAGACAUCCUUGAUCCCAUCGCGGGCAUGGAGAAGCAAGAGCUAUGUGCCAAACUCGGCAGUAUUGUUCAAUUCAACGGCUUUAUCGGAGAUGAGCAGCUCUACGUUACCGACCCCCGCGCGCUGCAGCACAUCCUUAUAAGGGAUGAGGGUAAAUUCGAAGAACUGAGAUCUGUUGUCGGGUUCACGUUGUUAAACUUUGGUCGCUCGCUUCCGUCUUUGGAAGGCGCAGCGCACCGAGCGCAACGAAAAAUCAUGCUUCCUCACUUUUCCACCACCAACAUACGAAGUCUCAGCUCUGUCUUCCUUGAUGUAGCCAAUGAGCUCCGUGUUACGAUCUUAGACGGCGUCGAUGGUGGUGCGAUUGAAAUCGACAUGUACCACCAGCUGUCCCGCGCCUCGCUCGAGAUGAUUGGCAGAGCAGGCAUAGGUUAUACGUUCGGCGUCUUUGACCAGAGCAUGGAGGAAAACGAAUUCAGCCAUACCUUCGUUAAACUGCUGCAAGCCACUUGGCCGUUCAUGCCGGUUCUCGGAUUAGUGGCUUACGUCCGGUCUGGUAUAGUCUCCACGGUUAUGCGCUAUUGCGUCGACCUCCUUUCCGUGAGGUUCCGCAGCAUUCGAGACUAUCGAGAUGUGGUGGACGCUUUACAUAAGUAUACGACGGACAUUUAUCAGAAGAGGCAGAUGAUGCUAGAAACCGGCCAAGGUAGCGAGGACGUCACUUCCGACAUUUACACGAAGCUCGUCGAGGCGAACAAUGAGCUCCCCGAGAACAUGCGUAUGCCGCCAGAGGUGCUCAUUUCCGAGAUUGGUAAUAUCCUAUUUGCCGGGACCGAUACCACGAGCAGCGCGCUCGCCAGAUCCUUCGAAAUGUUGGCCUUGCAUCAAGACGUCCAACAGUGUCUUCGAGACCAGCUCAUCGCCACCUUUCCUGAGGACAGCCCGAUCGACUACGACGCGCUCUCCUCGCUUCCCUACCUCGACGCGGUGGUGAAAGAGGUCCUGCGACUGCACCCCCCGAUCCACAUGUGGCACAGGAAUGCACGUGAAGACGCGAUCCUUCCCCUUCAUUUCCCUGCCGUCGGUACGGACGGGAAGGAGAUCGACGAGGUCCCCGUGAGGAAGGGUCAGAGCGUGCUGCUAGGUAUUGCGGGGUGCAAUAGAGACGAACGGAUUUGGGGACCGGAUGCGGGGGAGUUUAAUCCUGCGAGGUGGAUGGAGGGCUUGCCGGAAGGCGUGUCCAAGGCGCAGGUCCCGGGUAUAUACGCAAACUUGAUGACUUUCCUCAGCGGAUCCAGGGGAUGCCUGGGCUUCAAGUUUGCAGAGAUCGAGAUGAAGGCCGUGAUCGCCUUGUUGGUGCGCGAGUUCGUUUUCUAUCCUCCUAAGGACCGAAUCGUGUGGAAACUGUCUUUCGUGAACUCACCUUGCACGGAAGGGAAGGAGAACGAAUCCGCUCGCAUGCCGCUGCGCGUCCAGCGAUUCAAUCGGGCAUGA